UUCCCAGGGUUUUGAAACAACUGGCCAGGUUUAAAUGGAGACGAUGAAAUAAGGACUUAACAUGUCCACAUUUAUAUCGACCCUUGUUCUACUCUUAUUGUCUGGUAACUUUGGCGACUCUGCAGCAGAAGCCCUCUCUGAAAAUCUUCACACUUUCUUGAGCUUGCUAAAUGGCUACUCCACCAACAGAGAACAGAGAGUCUAUGACGAAUUGGCUUUUGACGUCAACGACAAACACGACGCAUUGACUUUACUAUGGAGACCUGUGCAAAUAGCAGCACUACCGAAUGACUACACUGUGUACUUGGAAGAGACGGAUAAUAAAGUCAUCUUUCGGAUGCAAAUUUUGGUCUUCUCUGAAGAUGACUUUGGGAUCAUUCAUGUUCAACCUUUAAACGUAAAACAGCCAGACAACUACAAACCCAAGCAAUAUGAACAGGAGGACCUGACAAAUAUAGAAUUAGAAUCCCUGACGUCUCCUCCUGAAUGUGAAAUGUUGUUUACUCGAAUUCAGAAAAACGUCUAUGUUGGCAGCGCCCCAGACUGUACUUCCGAGUUUUCCAUCGCUCUUAAGGUACAUGCACCUUAUAGCCUGACUCUGACCUGUGAUACGUUUGCUGCGUUGGUCUGCAGCCGCUUUACCAACGAGGCGUCGUCCAGGCUUCCUUACAUUAACUUUUUCAGACGAAGGUUCGAACUUCCAUCCAAAUGGACUGAAGGAGUCAACUUUAGCGUCCCAUGUCCUUCCCAUUUCUAAUGGAGUCAACUUUAGCGUCCCAUGUCCUUCCCAUUUCUAAUGGAGUCGACUUUAGCGUCCCAUGUCCUUCACAUUUCUAAUGGAGUCGACUUUAGCGUCCCACGUCCUUCACAUUUCUAAUGGAGUCAACUUUAGUGUCCCAUGUCCUUCACAUUUCUAAUGGAGUCAACUUUAGCGUCCCAUGCCCUUCACAUUUCUAAUGGAGUCGACUUUAGCGUCCCAUGCCCUUCACAUUUCUAAUGGAGUCAACUUUAGCGUCCCAUGCCCUUCCCAUGUCCUUCCCAUUUCUAAUGGAGUCGACUUUAGAGUCCCAUGUCCUUCCCAUUUCUAAUGGAGUCAACUUUAGCGUCCCACGUCCUUCACAUUUCUAAUGGAGUCAACUUUAGCGUCCCAUGCCCUUCACAUUUCUAAUGGAGUCAACUUUGGCGUCCCAUGCCCUUCACAUUUCUAAUGGAGUCGACUUUAGCGUCCCACGUCCUUCACAUUUCUAAUGGAGUCAACUUUAGCGUCCCAUGCCCUUCACAUUUCUAAUGGAGUCGACUUUAGCGUCCCAUGUCCUUCCCAUUUCUAAUGGAGUCAACUUUAGCGUCCCACGUCCUUCACAUUUCUAAUGGAGUCAACUUUAGCGUCCCAUGCCCUUCACAUUUCUAAUGGAGUCAACUUUAGCGUCCCAUGCCCUUCACAUUUCUAAUGGAGUCAACUUUAGCGUCCCAUGCCCUUCACAUUUCUAAUGGAGUCGACUUUAGCGUCCCAUGCCCUUCACAUUUCUAAUGGAGUCAACUUUAGCGUCCCAUGCCCUUCCCAUGUCCUUCCCAUUUCUAAUGGAGUCGACUUUAGAGUCCCAUGUCCUUCCCAUUUCUAAUGGAGUCAACUUUAGCGUCCCACGUCCUUCACAUUUCUAAUGGAGUCAACUUUAGCGUCCCACGUCCUUCACAUUUCUAAUGGAGUCAACUUUAGCGUCCCAUGCCCUUCACAUUUCUAAUGGAGUCGACUUUAGCGUCCCAUGCCCUUCACAUUUCUAAUGGAGUCAACUUUAGCGUCCCAUGCCCUUCCCAUGUCCUUCCCAUUUCUAAUGGAGUCGACUUUAGAGUCCCAUGUCCUUCCCAUUUCUAAUGGAGUCAACUUUAGCGUCCCACGUCCUUCACAUUUCUAAUGGAGUCAACUUUAGCGUCCCAUGCCCUUCACAUUUCUAAUGGAGUCAACUUUAGCGUCCCAUGCCCUUCACAUUUCUAAUGGAGUCGACUUUAGCGUCCCACGUCCUUCACAUUUCUAAUGGAGUCGACUUUAGCGUCCCACGUCCUUCACAUUUCUAAUGGAGUCAACUUUAGCGUCCCACGUCCUUCACAUUUCUAAUGGAGUCAACUUUAGCGUCCCAUGCCCUUCACAUUUCUAAUGGAGUCGACUUUAGCGUCCCAUGCCCUUCACAUUUCUAAUGGAGUCGACUUUAGCGUCCCAUGCCCUUCACAUUUCUAAUGGAGUCAACUUUAGCGUCCCAUGCCCUUCACAUUUCUAAUGGAGUCAACUUUAGCGUCCCAUGCCCUUCACAUUUCUAAUAGAUCACUUACAAGUUGUUGUUGUUGUUUUUUAGAAAAGUAAACAUUAAAUAGAUAACACAGUUUGUAUACAAAAUUAAACAUUUGAUUGAUUGUUGACAGUUUAUAUAACAAACGGAACAUUAAAUAUAAAACUAAAAAAAAACAACACUUUA